GCCCAGUCUGGUUCAGGAGGGAGGCUGUUGUUGUUGUUAGACCCUGGGAAAAACAAUAUAACGCGAGGAAAAAGAAAUGGCCAAAGGAAAAGCAAAGACCAACAACAGCAGUGUCAGCGUAGCUCCACCCCAGCCUCGGUCACUCAGGUCAAGGAAGAGGGAAUGUCCAAGUGAUGAAGUCCCAGAGACCGAUGGUAUCCAGGCUACUCAUCAUCAUCAUCAUCAGGAAACUGAAGGAAAUCAAACAACAGCAGAUGCCACAGUGUUACAAUGCCAACACUCCCCUCUGCAGGAAUCUACUGUUAAAGCAUUUGAAGAGCAAGAAGAGACUUCAGUCACUAAUCCCAGCAAUGAUUCUCAGCUGAAUGGCUUUAAAAUACAUGCUGAUAAUGAUGCCAACAGGAGUGGAAAGGUUACGGAGGAAAUGACAGCAGAGGUAUAUAACACAUCACCAUCCCAAAUAUGCACGGAUCAACUCCAGGUCUUCUUGCAAAUCGCUGAAGAAGGUGAUGGUGCCGCUGUGGAGGAUCAACUGGGUGCAGAAGAGAACCCUGAAUGUGAUGUUGAGAAAAAACAAGAGGUUAGUCAAGAAGAACCCAGCGAUGUGUACAUGACUGAUGUCAAGGAAACCUCACAGGAGGCAGCAGCGGGGUUACCGGCCAAAAAGAAGCGAAGGAUGGGUAUGUGUGGUCUGACGGAGAGGGAACGGAGUCACUUUUUACAGACACAGAAACGUGAAAACGGGCAGAACGGACCGAAGAGAGUUGGGAAGCAGAUUUGUGAUAACAUGACUGACCAUCAGGCUCAGGAAGAGAUGAUAUCGUCUUUAUCAUCCUCACUAUCCGUCCCAGCAGGCAGCGUCACAGAGCAGGAAAAGGCAGAGAUGAAACUUCAGUCCAGUCACUGUGGAGGGAAAGACAGGGCAGAAACUGAAGUCCACUUUGCUGCUACUACUUCAGAUGGAACCAGUGUUGUGUCUGAUCCAGGUUUUGAAGUUGAGGGAGGCAUAGAGCUGAGUCCAGAGCAAACUGGUGACACAAAGCCGUACCCUCCGGAAGAGGAGGAGCUUUUGGGGAAUCAGGAUCAGCAUGAACGUGACAGUGGCACAUCUGAGAUUGUAGCUGAAAAACUUCAGGAGCAAAUGAAAGACGGUGAAGAUGGGUCAGCAGCAAUCAACCCAUGUAAUGCCAUCCCUUUUUCCUCUGAUACAACUCAGAGUGAGGAGACCGAGAACAGGGAUGCAAUGGAGGCGGCCCCUCUGCAGGUGAAUAGUGCGACCAGGACCAGAGAGGAAGAGCUGACUGGUGAUGCUGGGGACGAUGACGUAGCUGAAGCAGGUGCUUCAUCCACUAACACCCAGUCGGGAGGAUUCAAUGCCGCGCAGCUCUGUGAGGCUGCAGUGACACCCAGUGGAUCAGAGAUGAAAGACAACUGUGAUUCUGAAGGUGAACCUGGUGCUGGUCCUUCUGCUGUGAAUGCUGAGCCCCCUCAGACCAGGGACACUACUGACCCGUUUGGAUCUGGGUACUUGGAUUACGUGUCAGACUCGCAGCUGAACACCAUCAUUAUGACUGAGGAGGAGGUGAUGGGGAGGGAGGAACACCUUGGUUCCCCAUAUCAUGAAGAUGCUACAGACCUAAUCUGUGGACUCAUCAGAGAACUUUCCUCUCUAAAUCGUAAGGUCAUGGCCACUCACAGAGAGCUGGAGAACCUGCGCCGCAGCAGUAAAAGUUCAAGGGGCUGCAAACGUUGA